GGGUUUUUUUUGUUAGACGAGUGGAAACAAAGCCCUAAUUAAACCCUUUCCGAGCCGCUUUGCCAUCACUCUCUCUUUCUCUUCAUACCCCUGUCGUUGCCGCCGGAACCACCGUAGAUUGUGCAUCCGUCGUCUCCAAAGUACAAGAUCAUCAGAGGUAAUGGGGAAAAAACGGAAGGAACGUGAAGCUCAAUCUGACGAUGAUGAUUCAUCAAAAUCGCGUACUAAGAGAACGGAUAGUGAUAAACUGGUUGUAAAGCCGCAGUUGCUACCAUCAAUGAUAAAAAACAAAGACAAAAGGUCGGCUGUAUACGCCAAGAUAAAGCAUGAAAAGAAAGUAGAGAAGCGAAAGAAUGCUAAGGCUCGUGAAGCUUUGGAGAGCAGAGCUCUUGAGCUUGGAGAGGAGCUUCCACCAAAGAAGAUUCCCCGAACAAUUGAGAAUACUAGAGAGGCUGAUGAAACUGUAUGCAAGCCUGAUGAUGAAGAGCUUUUUGCAGGUAAUGAUGCUGAUGAAUUCAGCUCAAUUUUAACCAGUGAACGAGCCCCAAAAGUACUGAUGACAACUUGUCGUUUCAAUUCAACAAGGGGACCCGCAUUGAUCAAGGAUUUACUUACUAUAAUCCCCAAUGCAGAGUACUACAAGAGAGGAACCUAUGAUUUGAAGAAUAUUGUCGAAUAUGCAAACAACAAAGAAUUUACAUCUAUCAUUGUUGUCCACACCAGCCGUAGAGAACCAGAUGCUCUCUUGAUAAUUGGAUUGCCUAAUGGACCUACAGCUCAUUUCAAGCUCUCGAAUCUUGUGUUACACAAGGAUCUCAAGAAUCAUGGAAACCCAACCAGUCAUAAACCAGAGUUAGUUCUAAAUAACUUCACCACACGCUUAGGUCAUCGUGUUGGAAGGUUAAUUCAGUCACUUUUUCCACAAGAUCCUGAAUUUCAUGGAAGAAGAGUUGUCACUUUUCACAAUCAGAGAGAUUUUAUAUUCUUUCGUCAUCAUAGGUAUGUUUUUGAAACUAAAGAAAACAAACAAAUUGAUGCAAAUGACAAAAGCAAGGAUACUGAAGAUGGGAAGAAGCAGCUAAAAGGGAAAAUUAUUGCUCGGCUGCAGGAAUGUGGGCCCCGUUUCACACUAAAAUUAACAAGUUUACAACAUGGAACAUUUGAUACAAAAGGAGGGGAGUAUGAGUGGGUUCACAAGCCUGAAAUGGACACAAGCAGAAGAAGAUUUUUCUUGUGAUGUGGUUUUGAAACUGGAGCUUCAAAUUAUUUACUUGUCAUUAGUUUCUUUUGUUUCACAAUUUUGUUUGCAAGAGAAGGUUAACUAUGAUAUAGUUGUAAAAAAACUAAUCUUUUGCCAAAUUCUGAAUCAUUUUUGUUGUUUAUUUUUAUUUAUGGAAAUUGAGUGUUGAUUGAUA